CAUUCGACAGAUCGACUCGACGUUUCUCAAUAUUAAGUUGAUUUUGUGUAUGGAGAAGGUUUUAGCAUUGUACAGUGUUUUACAAUAUUAAGAACUUUUGAAUGAGAAAUUACGGUUUUACUUAAUGAUGGGUGCCAUAUAUAAAUUAACAGAUCCAAUUUAAUCGUCGAAAUCACAAAUGGCUGCGGAUUUGCUUUUAAAAACGAGCAAGCAAGCGAAGUAUAAUAUAUCGUAUAGGAAAAUUCUGUAUCAAAGGUUCUUCGUGGGUCUACUGUUGUUUAUAGUGAUAUCAUUAGUGUUUACUGUAGUGUAUGUUUUUUCUGGAAGUGUACCGCGGACAAAUUUUUAUGAAGUAGUAAAUUUGGAAGCUGUUAAUUUACCUAUUCAAAAACUUUCUAAUGAUUAUGCGUUUUCGGCUUCUCGUGUGUUAAAUUGCACGUAUUGGAAUUGCUUUAAUGUCUAUAAAUGUGGCCGAGGAGGGCAUGAUAAAAUAACAAUAUACAUAUAUCCACCAAAAGACUACAGGACUAAUGAUGGGAGAUCAGUUUCACAUUUUUCUAGAGAAUUUUUUGAGAUUUUAGAAACAAUAAAGAGUAGUAAAUAUUAUACUCCUAAUCCUGAUGAGGCGUGUUUGUUAGUGCCUAGUAUAGAUACAUUAAAUCAAAACACUUUUUCAAGCUCACACAUCUCCCAAGUUCUGCAGUCAUUAAAACAUUGGAACAAUGGUGAAAAUCAUCUCAUCUUUAAUAUGGUGCCAGGAUCUGAACCAAACUACAAUACUGUUAUUGACCUUAACACAAGUUAUGCAGUUAUAGCAGGAGCUGGCUUUGAUACAUGGACCUUUAGAUAUGGAUUUGACAUAUCAAUACCACUCUACAGUCAUAUUGCUUCUAAUAUCAACAGUACACAGCCAAAACAAAAAGAUUACUUAAUAAUUUCAACACAGAUCAAUAUACCAGAAGAUUACUUAGCAGAACUUCAAGGUAUUGCAUCAUCAUCUAAUGACCUAUUACUUUUAGACAGUUGUAGGAAUGAUAGAAUUGAUUUUACAAAGAGGUGUGAGUACACUACUGGAAAGCAAUUUGAAUAUCCAGAGGUAUUGAAACAUGGAUUAUUCUGUUUAGUUGUUCGAAGUGCUAGAUUGAUUCAGACUGUUCUGAUGGAUGUAUUAGCGUCGCAAUGCAUUCCAAUAAUUAUAGCUGAUACUAUAGUAAUGCCAUUCAAUUCUCACAUUGAUUGGAAUCGAAUAGCAAUUUUUAUAUCAGAGGACAAUAUAAAAAAUGUAUUAAAAAUCGUACAUUCAGUGAGCAAAGAACGACGUGGAGAAUUAUAUUGGCAAUUAAGAUGGGUUUAUGAAAGAUACUUUUCUAACAUAGAGAAAAUCACUAUGACGACGUUGGAAAUUUUAAAUGAAAAAGUUUUUCCAUUGUCAGCAAGAAUGUAUGAAGAUUGGAAUAUGCCAGAGCAUUUGUACGGGCCCGUAAAUCCUCUGUUCCUCCCAGUGACAGCACCAAAGGCGCCAGGCUUCACGGCUGUCAUAUUGACAUAUGACCGCGUCGAUAGUCUGUUUACGCUCAUCAGAAAAUUGGUGAGAACGCCCAGCCUCGCGAAGAUUUUGGUUGUAUGGAAUAACCAGAAAUUGCAACCACCGCCGGCUUCCGAGUGGCCUGUGAUUAACAAGCCGUUGAAAGUGAUACGAACGAAAGAGAACAAGCUGUCGAAUAGGUUCUUCCCCUACGAUGACAUUGAGACCGAAUGUCAGUUGACCAUUGACGACGAUAUUAUUAUGUUAACCCCUGAUGAGUUGGAGUUUGGGUUUGAUGUAUGGCGAGAGUUUCCAGAUCGGAUAGUGGGUUUCCCGUCCCGUCUGCACGUCUGGGACAAUGUCACCGCCACCUGGAAGUACCAUAGUGAAUGGACGAACGAAAUAUCUAUGGUGUUAACUGGAGCAGCGUUUCACCACAAAAUCUGGUCGUGGUACUACACACAUAAGAUGCCCUCAGAGAUCAGGCAAUGGGUGGACGACAACUUCAACUGCGAAGAUAUUGCAAUGAAUUUCCUCGUCGCUAAUGUCACAAGGAAGGCGCCUAUUAAGGUGACACCGCGAAAGAAGUUCAAAUGCCCUGAAUGUACGAAUACUGAAAUGCUUUCGGCGGACGCUAAACAUAUGACGCAGCGUUCAGCUUGCAUCGACAAAUUCACUAAAAUAUAUGGCCAUAUGGCCUUAAAAUCGGUUGAAUUCAGAGCUGAUCCACUGCAAUAUAAAGAAACAGGGUCCGGCAUACCCCAAUUGUAUCCGGAAAUUGGCGCUUUGUGAGUACUGAUAACCUGUCGAUAUUAAGGUUACAUCGCCUAGAGGCUUCGAAAACCUAGUGUUUGCGCGUAAAGGCUUAAACUAAAACUUGUACUUUGUUGGUACCAGUUGAUUAGUAUUGAUAAAAAUGUUUUAAAAUUACAAAUUUAGGAGUUGCUCCAUUUUGAACACAAGCGUGGUCUGACUGUGAGCAUAACCUACUCGAACUUAACGAUUUUUAAAUCUUUAAAACUAAAAAAUAUCUAUCACGUACGAAACGAAUACGUGCGCGUACGUUACGUAUGUACGUUUUAUGGUUAUAUUAAGAUAAAGGUUCGAAUGAGGUGGCCUAUAGAUGUUUGUUAAAGGGUGCGUAGUUAAGUAGGGCCACCAUUUAAGUUUAAGUAAAUUUUUUGACAAUUUGUACGUUUCAAUGUCGCAUAAAGUGUAAGGAAUUGUUAUUUCAUAUGAAAACCGUUCUGUUCGUAAUGUCUUGUAAUGUCAAUCUAGAUAUUUAAUUUUUAGUCUUUGACUAGAAAUGGACUUAAUUUGAAAUGUCUGCUUUUAACAUUUUAUUAUGUUUAAAAUCUCGAUUGACAAUACAAUUGCAGCGCUCCUAGUUUCGGAUGUGUGGACAAUAAAUUUCGAAGGCUGUAAGCAAAGUAAAUGGGAAUCGACCCAUUAACCAGGGUAAAGUAGAAUUAAUGACUCAUUUAUAUCCUUUACACAUUACCAUUAUUUACCUUAUUUUUUUUUAAUUUAAUGGAAAGAAUUCGCAUAAUACUUGCAAUAAUAAUUUCAAAUUGACUACAUGAACUAUUUUACAUAGCAAGUAGAUUUUCUGAGAGAAGAUCUCAAUAUAUUUUAUCUGUGCCAUUUUAUUGUGAAACAUGGCAGCUUUUGUAGAUUUAGUUUCAUUAUUUUUUGUUAUUAAAUUUAUUUAAAUAAUUUAAGUAUUUUAUGGCACAAUCAAAUAAGUACAUGAAAGCCCUGAUAUUUUAAAGUCCCAAGCAUAUCCGUCGAUACUGUAGCCAUAAACUAUAAUAUAAGAAAGGCUGAAUUAGUCCCGUUAUAUUAAGUUUUCCUUUGAUUUUUUAUUCAUUAACUUUAAUAAUAAUAAAAAAAUACAUAUAUUGUGAGCUUCUGAUUAAUGAAAUUUGGGUUUAUUAAUAUCCAAACAGAAGAACUUUAAAUCAAUACUAAAUAUUCAUUCAUCUUAAUAGUUGACGCAAGGAGCCAAAGAUUCGACUCCCGGCAUAAUAACUGUAAAACGUGUACAAAGAUAAUAAUAGUAAUGAAUUAUUAUAAAGAUGACUUAUUUGCAAUUUUAUUUUUGUUACAGUAAAUAACUUAUUUUUCAUAGCAUAUAUUUUAUUUUGUAAAGGAACGGAUCUUUGAAUGAAUUAUAUCGGAUGUCACAAAUCAGAUAUCAUAAAAUAAAUAUUAUUAGUUUGUAUUAUAUAUUUCAUAGAUAUAAUUGGAACUAAAAUUCGAUAUUGUGUUAGUCAUGUCCCUAGAAAUGUAAAAAUCAAAUUCUAAAUUAAUACAUUUGAGAAAUGUAGUUUAGGUAUAUAGUCCAUUUUGACAUAUCGGUGCUUGUAAAAAGAAAGAUUAUUCCAAAAUGAAAAUGUAGAUAAUAUAUGGAGAACGCACGAAUGUAGAUGAUAGGUGUAGAAAGCAAUUAUUUUUUGUAUCGACCUUUUUCUUUAGCUAAGUAAAUAUUAUUUAAUCUGGGUGUGAACUAAGAAAAGAUUUUUCUAUCCUUCAAAGAUUGAUUGAUUAUUGUAAAAAACGCCAUCUGUCGGCUAAGUACAAGGUUUUUGCAAAUUUAUACUUUGGUAUUGUUUAGUUUAUUGAGAAAUAAAUACAAAAACAUAAAUUACAUAAUUAUCAUUAAAUACUUGACAGAGAAAACAUUACUUUGAAGGAACUACGAUAGAAAAACCUUAUUUUAAAUGUUUAGUAACUUAGUUUGUACGAAAACGCCAUCUUUUAUAGUUUAUUCCACUAAUUUGACUGAUGUCAAUAAUGUAUAAUGUUAGAUAGCGUAAUAAUUUACUAUAAGUAUAAAAUAUUUUUUACUUUUAUAAGAUUCCAUAUUUCUGUUAAUUUUAAGCACCGAUUUUAUAUGCCAUUUACAUCUUUAUUUAUUAGUUUUUGUACAGUGAAUGAAUUUUAUUUAAGUCGCUUAGAACAUCGUAGCCAAAGAAAUUGACAGCUAGUCUUGUAAUAUCAUUCGCAUUUAAAUGAGUUAGAUGAAGUUACCAACGUUAUUUAAACGACAGACUGAACUAUCAAUGUGUGUUAGAUAAUUGCUAGUAUUAGAUGUAGAUGUGUUGUCUGUCUUAUUUGAUUAGAAAUGUUGGUAACAUUAUUGUAUUAUUUUUACACAAAAUUAUGAAUUAGUUCAAUACAUGAAAUGUGUUAGAAGAGGCCUAAAUUUUAUUUAAAAGUUGAAUUGAUUUGUCUAAAUUGUAGGCACAAUUGUAUCAACCUUAUAUGUUCGUAAAUGUUUUUACAUCGUAACCUCGAAAUAAGUACAUAUUUUGAGUAAUUUUUUAGAUUUUGAUAAUUUUAAUAUCACACAAGAUAUUGUAUUUUAUGAGUUCGUAGAAGUGUGUUUAGUGUAAGUGAGUACUUAAUAGAUUAUUUGUUGCAUUGUACAGCGUGUAAAUAGUUUAUUAUACUGUGUAUAAAAGAAGACAUAUCAAUUUGUAA